AUGAAAAAAUUAACUUAUAUUUCAAAGUUACGACUCAUAAGUUACCGAAACUCAACUUACAAUAUAAGACAUUCGAAGUCAAAAUUCGAAUUACCUAGGAAUACAUAUAUAACUAGUACUAGAGUUGACUGUGUUAAUAAAAAUAUAACUUCUGAAGACUUUGACAAAGAGGGAAAAUUUGAAAAUUUCUUUAGAAAAAAGGAAAAAAUCAAAUCUAAAAAGGGUACUAAACAAUAUAAAUCUGCUACAGAAAAAUGGUCAAGUUUAGAAUUGAGAGUUUUAGAGAAUCUUGUUGAAAAGCAUGGGCAAGAUUGGGACUUGAUUUCAAAACAAAUGGUAGUUAGAUCUGCUGGCGAUUGCCGUAAUAAAUAUUUAGCCAUAGCUUCAAAAAUUCCCGAAGCAAAACGAAUAAAAAAAGAAAAAUCAUUAAAUAAAGGAUCAGAAAAAGUAAUUUGGACUGAAGAAGAAAUAAAACUUUUGGAUAAUUUGUUAAUAAAAUAUGGACGUAGAUGGAGUAAAAUCGAAAAAUAUUUUUCAACAAAGGAAGCAAAGGAAAUAGAACAUUUUGUUAAUUAUAAUCUUGAUAAAUUUUCAACUUUUUUCAAAUUCCCAAAUAGGUUAGGUAGAGCUAAAAUAUGGUCUGAAAAUGAAAUAAAGAUGUUAAACGAUUUACUUGCAAAAUAUGGUAAAAAUUAUGAUUUGAUAGCAAAACAUCUACAUGGUAGAACAGCACUUGCAAUAGUUCGAGCAGUACCAAAACAUUAUUUAGAUUUACCAACACUUAAAAAUAUUAAAAUUCAAAGAUGUUUUAAAUUUUCGAGUCGUUGGAGUGAUCGGGAGACAAAUUUAUUAAAUGAUCUUGUUGCACACUUUGGUCCUUACUGGUUUUCCGUAGCUGCAAAUCUUCCUGGCAGAACACAGGCUGCUUGUAAAUUGAAAUAUAAUGAUUGUUGGCAUUUUCAAAAUGAUAGGACAGAAGUCACAUUACAUAAGUGGCCCCAGGAAUUAAUUCAAAUUUUGGAUAUCAUUUUAGCUAAAUAUGGAAGAUGGCAAAUAUUACCAAUACUUUUACCUGGUAUAACACCAAUGCAUUGUCAAGUAAAUAAUUUAAAAAAUUAUCAAAAUAUUCCUCCAAGAUACAGUGAAUGGAAAGAUCAUGAUAAAAUACUUUUAAAACAUCUCAUAAAAAAAUAUGAUUUCAAUUUAGAUAAAGUUAAGCCUUAUUUUCCACAUAAAUCUCGAAGUGCAAUUAAACAUCAAUUGAAAUCAAAUCCUGAAUUAUUAACCAUAAAUAAAAUAAAUGAAUCGGAAAUGGAAAUGGAUUUAAAUGAUAUUUUUGAAAUUAAUUCAGAUGUUUAUCCUAAUCGUUGGACAGCGACUGAAUUAAAAAAGUUAUUUAUUCUUGCGAGGGAACAUGAUUCAAAUUGGUUUAAAAUAGCUGAAAAUUUACCGGGAAGAACACCAUCUUCAUGCUGGUUAAGAUAUGUUAUUUUAUCAAGAAAAAAUAAUCAUGUUGGAAAAAAUUGGACAAUCAAAGAUCUUAUUUGUUUUAUUGAACUGUUUCAAAAAUAUGGCCCAGAUUGGGAUCUUAUAGCACAACAUUUUACUGACAAAAAACCCAAUGAUAUACAACGGUUAGUGUAUCAUAAUACUUUAAUCUCUACUAAUCUCAAUAUUUUUCAACAUGAGAUGCGACGAUGGAGUUCAGAAGAUAUAGUUAAAUUUAGAAAUCUUUAUGAAAUAUAUGGUCCAGAUUGGCAAGUAAUUGCAGAUUAUUUACCUGGGAAAACACAUGAAGAUUGUCUUGAAUGUUAUCAUUCUCAUAAAGAUUUAUUUGCUCAUGUUUCAUAUCAACGUAAGUUGAUUUCUUGGUCAGAAGCAGAGAAAAAAUUAUUAAAGGAUUUAAUAGGGAAAUACAAUGAAGAUUUUGAUAGAAUUGCAAAAUUCUUUCCUGGGAGAGGAUCUACUUCCAUAAAAACAUAUUAUAGUCAGCAUCAAGAAGAACUUGGUUUAAAGGAUUAUUCACUAGAUGAAAUAGAGAAAAAAGCACCAUGGACAGGAAUUGAAGAAAAUAAAUUGAUUAAUCUUGUCAGACUUUAUCAUGAAGAAUGGAAACAGAUUUCUAAUUAUUUACCAAAUAGAUCUCCAGAAGCCUGCAAACGCAAAUAUUAUACCAUUCUACAACAGGAAGUACCAAGCUCGGAAUUUACUUACUGA